CGUAGAUGCCGUGGAGUCUGAGCUCUGCUGCAUCUGUCACAGCAGAGCAACAUUAAAAACAAAAACACAAAACAGAAAACAGAAGAGGAGAAAUGCUGCAGACUAUGGAACGCUGUAGGACUUUCUGAAACAUUUGCCGGGGAUUCCCGUGGAGCAUGAUCUUUUAAAAACCAAUUCUUUUCGAAGCCUGUUUGGGUAACUGGGAAAAUGACAAAUAUGCUAAAUGCAGCAGCUGAUCGGGUGAAAUGGACCAGAUCGAGUGCUGCUAAAAGGGCUGCCUGCCUGGUGGCUGCGGCAUAUGCUCUGAAAACACUCUACCCCAUCAUUGGCAAGCGUUUAAAGCAAUCUGGCCACAGGAAGAAAAAAGAAGCAGUUUAUCCGGCUGCAGAGAACAGAGAAAUACUGCAUUGCACCGAGAACACUUGUAAAAAACCUUGUCCUGGAGUUAACGCAGAUUUUUUCAAACAGCUCCUAGAACUUCGGAAAAUUCUCUUUCCAAAACUUGUGACAACUGAAACAGGCUGGCUCUGCCUCCACUCGGUGGCUCUAAUCUCAAGAACCUUUCUGUCUAUCUAUGUGGCUGGUCUGGAUGGAAAAAUCGUGAAAAGCAUUGUGGAAAAGAAGCCUCGGACUUUCAUCAUCAAAUUAACCAAGUGGCUUAUGAUUGCCAUCCCUGCCACCUUUGUUAACAGUGCAAUCAGGUACCUGGAGUGCAAACUGGCUUUGGCCUUCAGAACUCGUCUGGUAGACCAUGCCUAUGAAACCUAUUUUACAAAUCAGACUUAUUAUAAGGUGAUCAACAUGGAUGGGAGGCUGGCAAACCCUGACCAGUCUCUUACUGAGGAUAUUAUGAUGUUCUCCCAGUCUGUGGCUCACUUAUAUUCCAAUCUGACCAAGCCUAUUUUAGAUGUAAUCCUGACCUCCUAUACGCUUAUCCAGACGGCUACAUCCCGAGGAGCGAGUCCUAUUGGGCCCACCAUAUUAGCAGGACUUGUGGUAUAUGCCACGGCUAAAGUUUUGAAAGCCUGCUCUCCCAAAUUUGGUAAAUUGGUGGCUGAAGAAGCUCACAGAAAAGGCUAUUUGCGGUAUGUGCACUCCAGAAUUAUAGCCAAUGUCGAAGAAAUUGCCUUUUACAGAGGACAUAAGGUAGAAAUGAAGCAACUCCAGAAAAGUUACAAAGCUUUAGCAGAUCAGAUGAACCUCAUUUUAUCCAAACGUUUGUGGUACAUCAUGAUAGAGCAAUUCUUGAUGAAGUAUGUUUGGAGCAGCAGUGGACUAAUUAUGGUGGCUGUACCUAUUAUCACUGCAACUGGCUUUGCAGAUGGUGGUCUAGAGGAUGGCCAAAAACAAGCUAUGGUUAGUGAACGGACAGAAGCCUUUACCACUGCUCGAAAUUUAUUGGCCUCUGGAGCCGAUGCUAUUGAAAGGAUUAUGUCUUCAUACAAAGAGAUCACCGAAUUAGCAGGCUAUACUGCUCGAGUGUACAAUAUGUUUUGGGUCUUCGAUGAAGUGAAAAGAGGCAUUUAUAAGAGAGCUGUUGUCAUGCAAGAGUCUGAAAGCCACAGCAAGAAUGAAGCUAACAUAGAAGUACCCCUCAGUGACACGCUGGAGAUCAAAGGAAGAGUUAUUGAUGUGGAUCAUGGAAUUAUUUGUGAAAAUGUUCCCAUAAUUACACCAACGGGAGAAGUGGUGGCUUCCAGGCUAAACUUCAAAGUACAAGAAGGAAUGCAUCUUUUGAUAACUGGUCCUAAUGGUUGUGGGAAAAGUUCUCUCUUCAGAAUUUUAAGUGGGCUCUGGCCUGUGUAUGAAGGAGUCCUCUAUAAGCCACCUCCCCAACAUAUGUUCUAUAUUCCACAAAGGCCAUACAUGUCUCUUGGAAGUCUUCGCGAUCAAGUCAUCUAUCCUGAUUCCGUGGAUGACAUGCAUGAUAAAGGCUAUACAGACCAUGAUCUGGAAUGCAUUCUACACAAUGUCCACCUCUAUCACAUAGUUCAAAGAGAAGGAGGAUGGGAUGCUGUUAUGGACUGGAAAGAUGUUCUAUCUGGAGGGGAAAAGCAAAGAAUGGGCAUGGCUCGCAUGUUUUAUCAUAGACCAAAAUAUGCAUUGCUGGAUGAAUGUACCAGUGCUGUCAGCAUUGAUGUCGAAGGAAAGAUAUUUCAGGCUGCAAAAGGUGCUGGGAUUUCCUUACUAUCUAUAACACACAGGCCUUCUCUGUGGAAAUACCACACUCAUUUAUUACAGUUUGAUGGAGAAGGAGGUUGGCGCUUUGAACAAUUGGAUACUGCUAUCCGCUUAACACUGAGUGAAGAAAAACAAAGGCUAGAAUCUCAGCUAGCUGGAAUUCCCAAAAUGCAGCAGAGACUCAAUGAACUAUGUAAAAUUUUGGGAGAAGACUCAGUGCUGAAAACAGUAAAAGACAAAGAUGAGACAUCCUAAUUUGUUUUGACAUGUUUUAAAAGUUAAUUUUUAGCUGAAGACUCUGUUACAGUGCAUGCAUUGUGUUUAAGCUAAGCACGGAGAAAAAAGAGGAAGUAAGAAAUGUUGUAUAAAACUUUAGCAUCAAGGAAAUAUAUGAUCAGACUUUUCAGAAGAAAAUAAACAAAUGCAUUAUGUGAGAUUAGUCAUUUUGGCUUAUACUAAUUCCUAGCAAAAGUCUAAUUCACCCUGUCAAACAGGAUUUUCUGGGUGAAUUUAUGAAGAAUACCAGAUUUACCAUGUGUAUGUGAUGUGUCUGAGGUGCUUAACAAACAUGGGAGAUAUCUUGAUAAUGGAACGACUUAAGAACAGCAUAUGGUUUGAAACAGGUGCAUAAAAUUAGAAAUUUGAGUAAUGUUUCAGUCCAUUUAUGGUUAUUAGUUUAAUAGGUAGAAUUCAUGUUCAUCAUUACUCGCCAACUAAACCCUGUAUACAAAAUAGCUGACAGUCUGAUAAAUAAUUUCAAUAUGAAAAAAAUUAUUUAAUGGCAGUGGUUGAAAGAAAGAAGCAUGGCUCUACAUGUAUAAAAUGCCAUAUUCUUAAAUUUUAGAUUUUGAGCAUCUUACUAUGGGCACAUGACAAAUUAGUUUUAAUGAGAAUCUUACAUAUUUGUUAAUAAACUCAUUCAUUUUAAGAAGAGAAUUGCCAAUACAGAAAAGGAAUAUCCCAACAAUGUAUGUCUUAGCUUAUUACUUUGUUCGGCAGCAUUAUCUACUGCAACUUCUGCCCAGAAAUACUCAGCUUGGUUUUGUGCUCAAAGGAGGAAUCCAUCACAUUUUUAAAUAGCAGUGCUAUAAUAGAAUAUAGAGAUUUUCAAAAUCACAGUAGUAAUAAAAUGCAAUGAAAUAGCACUUUAUAAUUUACAAUCCUUGUUUAUAUCAUUUCAUUUUAAUUCUUGUGACAAUGUUUGAGGCAACUAUUAUUUACCUCGUUUACUUUUGAGAAUUACUUUUGUUAUGCAAUUUAUUUAGGGAAGAUCCAAGAUCAAAUGAAGUUCUGAUUCCUUAUCCAGUUCUAUUUCCACUUUCCACUAUCAUCCUUGAAAUCUAACUGGGCUAUGAUAUCAAUAAAACUUAAGAUGAGAUAUUGAAAAAAAAUAAAUUUGGUAAUGUUAGUGGUAUUAUUAUUUGGUUAUUGAUUAUAAGAAGUGGAAAUUAAAUACAAAGUGGAAAGAAAGGUCAUUGGGCUGUGAUUUAAAAAGAGCCAGGAAAGCAAAUUUUUCAGCAACAAUGCACUCAUAUUGAAUAUUAACAUACCUCUACAGCUAGCAAUCAGAAGGGAAACUCAUUGUGUUAUAGGUAAAUUUAGUAUUUAUUGAACAUAAUGAGAAAGAAUCUGCAUGGAACAGUCUAUAUAAAAUAAAUCUUACCUAUUCAUGUGCCCUGACGUUGGAAGUACACAAGCCAGAACUGCAUUUUAAUCUCCUAUAUUGCCUAUGCCACCAUGUUGAUAGGCCAGGAAAAAUGAGAAUUAUUGGUUGUUAGUGGUUUGGGGUUUUAUUUACAUAUUUAGACACAACCAUAAUCAAUGCUAAGUCAGUGAUUCCCAAACUUCCUCAAGUGUAGAGGACCUAGAAGUCAUUCAUUCAUGAUGACUGUAGUUGAACGGCAUGCCAUUUUCACAUCUUCAACUCUGCCGUGCUAAUUAAGACGUUGUUAGUUAUCAAUAAAUGUAACCAUCUCAAGUGAAGGAAUGCAGGAUAAAAUCCUGAUCAGUACAUCUGUCUAGGUUUUUCUGUUAGUAUCUCUAGGUACUCGUAUUCUUUUGUCAGUUACUGCUUCUUCCUGUUAGAAAAGUGAAGUGGGUAUCCCCUGUUUGAAAAAAUGCAUGGAGCCAAAACUUAAACAUGAAAACAAUGAUCCAUUAAUCUUAAUUUCUAUAUUAGCAGUUACUGUUUAUACUGCUGUAGGGAACAGCGUGAGGCAAGUGUCUUACGUUAACUUUUCAAGGUACAAGAAGAAAAUGAAAAGUCCUCAUUGGAAACAUGUGCAUAACUUCCAUGCCUUAAUUUUCACAAUUUGAAAAAGAAAGCAUUUAGAACUUGAUAUAUUGUGUUUUGAAACCUAGAAACGAAUGCCAAAACAAAUAUUAGAUUUGUAAUUAACCCUUAUUUGAUACAUCCUACCAAUGAGCUGAAGUGAGUAGGAUUCAUUACAAUGUAUGGGAUUUAAGGAUGUUUACAAUUCUGUACUAAAACUGUACACACUGUAAUUUAAAUGUUACAGUUCUAAGAAAAACAUGUUUUACAUGAGCUUUUUUGUGCCUAUUUUCUGAAUUUUCAUCAAGGACCAAUAUCCUCUAAUUUGGAGGGGAAAUAUCUGUGAUUUGAAUUUGUACUGAUGUACUAUUUAACUAUUUCCAAAAUGGUCCAAUGAGUAUACCAUAUUUUACUAUUCUUGUAGUUGUAUUUUAUGAAAAAGGUGAACAAAAUUGAGAAACUAAAGAGGGUAGAUGAGGAAAGGAAAAAGAAAAUAUUUCCAUUUUCAAAGUACUUUUACCAUGUUAUCUAUUUGCCCAAAUUUUUGACUUCUAGGAUUUGGGUGUUUUGUCAAAGAAAGCUAGAAGUUUAAUGGAGCUUAGAUUUGUAAAUGGGCACUCUUUAGCUAACUUCUGAACUUGGAAAAUAAGUUGCAUUCUAUGAAAAUGUUGCAUUUUAUUUCUUCAGCAUGUAUUGUUAGGCCAAGCAUGAGUCUAAAAUAGUGUGCGUUCUUAUAAACACGACAAUGUUUAAGAAAAUCCCUCUCAAGAAAUCUCAAGGAAAAUGAUACAUCCUGAUAUUUAAAGCAGGUUUGUAUUUGUUUACAAUAGGAAUGGUUUUCCCUUGACAAUAAUUUGAGUUUUGUGUCAAAUUUUGCUCUGUCAGUAAAGGAAUAAGUGAAUAUAUUAGUUUUUUAUUUGAGACCUUUGUCCCAAGUAUAAUUUCAUAAUUGGCAAUAGGCUUAGCCUAUUAAAGUUGUUUGGAACAAUUUUUUGGUUCCAUAAGCCCAGAAAAAUUUGUUACUUACUGGAACCUAGACCUGGAGAAUGUUACACACUUCUGAGAUGUGCAGAAAAUGGUAAUGAUUAUUAAAUUAUUGAUUAGGAGAUGUCUUUGAUAGAAUUACUUUAUGGGCAAAUAGUAUUCUCAUUUAGAAAUGUGAAGUACUUUCAUAUAACCCAGGGUAUUGACAUUUCUGCUGAUAUACCUUUAGGUAUGUGAAAUAUGUUUUAGAGCUGUACUUGUCAUGUUUGCGACAUGAGAACUUUCAGAUGGAUGUAUAAAAUAUUUUUAUUAAAAGCAAAUCCCUUCUUCCA